AUGGGGGUGAUUCUACAUCGGAGAACGGAUCCACUAUUGUUGAGCCCAUACAUCAAGACUAAUCAGACAGAAACAGCUAGGAGAUUGGCCCUGAUCAAGGUAGAGUCAACGAAGAAAUUUCUCGAAAUGAUCCGCUCCUACUCCGGCUUCAUAACGGUCAACGAGAAAUGCCAGAGUAACAUGUUCUUUUGGUUCUUUCCUCGUCUGAGGAACGAUUCCUCACCGAGCAAAACGGAAAAGGAUCAAUUCAAUACGACGUCACCCCUAGUUCUGUGGAUGCAGGGCGGACCUGGGGCGAGUUCUCUGUUCGGGCUCUUCGUGGAGACCGGACCUUUUCAAGUGAAUAUGGAUCUCACACUGACCCUACGACCAACUUCAUGGCUGAAAUAUGCGAGUUUACUCUACCUGGACAACCCGGUUGGAAGUGGAUUCAGCUUCACGGCGGAUGAAGACUGUUACCCUACCGAUCAGCAGGCAAUCGGUGACGACCUGACGGAUUUCGUGCGACAGUUCUACGUGCUUUUCCCGGAGUUUAUUUCCACGCCGUUGUAUAUCGGUGGUCAAUCCUAUGCAGGUAAAUACGUCCCAACUCUUUCGUACCGCCUGGCAACCGACGAGGGUUUCGCCUUUGUCCCUCUACAAGGCAUGAUCAUCGGGAACGGGUUCUCCGAUCCGAUCCAUAUGCUCGAAUACGGGGACUUUCUCGAAGGAGUGGGACUGUUGAAUCGAGAACAGGCCGAUGAAAUCUCGCAGCAAACAAAGAUUGCCCGGAAGAUGAUUCGACUCAAAAUGUACGUCGAAGCCUACGCGCUCAUCGAUCAACUCAUAGUUGGAGCUUUCACACCGCAGGGAACGAUCAUUCAGAACCUUACAGGCAUUGGGCAUUACUACAAUAUACUUAGGAGCGGACAUCCUCCAGAGAUGACGUUCUUCUACCAUUAUCUGCAUAUGGAACGAGUGAAGAAGGCAAUUCAUGCCGGCGGGAGGAACAUUAGCGAUGGCGCCGCCAUUCGCCGAGCUUUGAUACCGGACAUGAUGCAGAGCGUGGCGGAUCAGUUCGCGAAACUGUUGGAUAAUGGAUAUCGGGUACUCUUUUAUUCGGGUCAACUGGACAUCAUAGUCAACUACGUCUGCGUGGAAAACUUCUUCCAUAAUUUGGUUUGGUCGGGUGCGAAGAAAUGGCGCAACACGAAACGCAAACAGUGGAGGAUCGAUGGACCGCAAGUUGUGGGAUUUGUGCGACAAGUCAACAAUCUCACCGAAGUCAUGAUUAGGAAUGCUGGCCAUAUAGCCCCUUUCGAUCAGCCUUGGCCCACAUUGGACAUGUUCCGGCGCUUCAUCGAUGGACUUCAGUUCAAUUAG